ACUCUAUUUGAUAGAUGUGUCACCCUUGAGAUAGAAGCCAGGCAAGUCACGGGACCAGAAAACAUCUAUCUUCGUAGUCACAUCAGAGCACCACCUGAAGAAGUUGAAUUACGUACGGAGCAGAGCCAUCCGAAUCCCUAAACAUUAACAGCCAUUAAAUAAUCAACGCAACAAGUGGUCAGCAGGGAAACACAAUCAUGAAGUCAGCGCUGCUUCUGCUGGGACUGGCUCUGCUGGUUUGUAGCAUCCAGGCAUCGGAUGUGCCCGUGUUCGUGUGGGGCAAGCCAUCUGUUACGUAUGUACCAGCUCUGUCCAAGUAUUCUUCCUCUGAAUUCAGUGCUCUGGUCGAAUCACAAUCUGACGAGAAAACCUUCACAUUGGUGUUUGCGGAAGAACGUCUUUCCACCGAAGAUCUCAACCAAUGUAAGCUGAAGACCCAGACCUGCUUCCGCAAUCUGGCCAAAGUGGAUCGCAAAUCCUACCUUCCUAACGUGGAGGAUCCACUGGCGGCAUUUGAGCGUGAUUCGGCAGACAUUCAGAGCGUACAGCUUUCAGCCGAUGGCACCCUCAGCGAGCGAGUUGUGCCGAAGGGUGGCGCUGUUGCUAUCAUUAAUCUCAGCGGUGAUGAUUUUGCGGCACAUGAUGCGCUCAUCGAUAGCGUACUUGAUCGCCUUCGAGCCGAGUUCCCGAACAUCCUAGUCGUCUAUACUGCCAAGACUCCAUCAUUCCGCUACUCGUCGCUUGUCCGCCAUAAGCGCCAGGUUAAACAGGACGAAGAAGAGGUAGCGGCUACCGUCCACGUCUUGAAUAUCACCAAUACCUUCCUGAUUGCGUACGAGAAUUUCCUGGCAGGACCUGUCGAUGAGCUGGAACCCGUGAUACUCAAUACCGCAACCAAGAACAAUGAAAACAGCACAGAUUCAACUCUUCAAGUUGACAUCACGGGAACCUCUGCUCAGCUGUCCAUCAACUUCGAGUUGACUUCCGGGUCUUGGGAAAUAACGGGUGUAACAUACGACAAUGUUCAGUACUACUUGCGCCACCGAGUGCACCUGAAUCAGCACUUCUCCUACCGGUGCUACAGCUUGAAGUACUACACUAUCGACAUGAAGAAAGAGAUCGUGUUCGAAGAAGUGCAGAUUCAGCCUUUCUGGCCAUCGGAGGAGUACACCGAGUUCAACCGCUUCGGCGAUUCCUGGGACUGUAUUGGCUUUACCAGCCCCGGAAUUUUGACCGGACUGUUCCUGGUCUUUAUUUUCAUCUUCAUUGGUGCCUAUGGCAUUACCUGGAUGAUGGAUAUCCGCACGAUGGAUCGCUUCGACGAUCCGAAGGGCAAGACCAUUACCGUCAACGUUGCUGAAUAGGUAAAUGCUGCUUUAUUUCCAUCCUAGCAAUCGCACAUAAAGCCUUUGGUAGCAGUACUAGCAGAUCAUUCCAGUAAACAGAAGAAACUUUUUCGUUUUUUUUACUUUGGUGAAUUAUUUUGAUUAUCACUGGAAGAAAUAGAAAAUCAUAUUUUAAA